CUACGAUUAUAGUUUGUGGUCUUCAGUAACUUGUCAGAAGCUGUGAAAUAGAGCUUAUGUGUUCUACUUAGAUGAUACUAUUUACUCUUAACUCACCAUGUGAGUACAUGAGGGUUUACUUUAGUAUGUAUUCAUGGGAAGAUGAGAUCCAUAUGUUUUGACGUUAUCGGUAUGACAAUAGGAUUUUCUUGGGAAUUUGUUUAGUUUUAGCCUAGAAAUUGCUUCUAAACGAUUUUGUUUUGGCUUAGAGACAUGGCAAUCAUAGCAGAUGGAAUGAAAAUCAUUGCAAAUUUGCUUGCAAUCUUAAAGGCUCGGAGGCAUAGACAAGCUAGUCUAAUUUUUUGCGCUUUUGUUUUGCUGAUUUUUCAUCUUGAUGUCGACGGGCGUAUUUCGGGUGCAUGAGCUUCAUUGAAUUUGCAAGUAUUGUAUAUCAUGUGAAGUUUCUCGGCAUCGGACCACUUUCAGUGAUAUCUGAGAAGACAUGCAUUUUGAAUUGCUAAAUAAGUGGUUAGAAAUUUUCAUAGAAGCCAUGCACGUUGGAAGUUUGGGCUUUGGACUUACAAAAUGGAGGACCUGUGUAUGGUUUUUCUGAGUUUUCUUUUGAAGGGCUGUUUCCUUUUAAUUUUCAGACUGCAUAUUUAAUGCUUUAAUCGAAUCCAAGUGAAUGAUGAUUUUUUUUUUUUAGCCGCCAUCCUAAAUCCAACCUCUCUUGUUCAACAGGUAAUUGUCUCCCUCAAUACUUUUCUUCAUUCCUAGCAGAAUAUGUAUCAGCAUUGGAGUCCUUUGUUAAUGAAGUUGCUGCUGAUAAAGUUUCACUUGUUGUCUAAGGCUACUUUUCACCAGUUGUCGUUAAAUAUGCCAGCAAGUAUCAGGAAAAGCUUAAUGAUCUAAUUCUCCUCAACCCUCCUCUAACAGCCAAACAUGCCAACCUUCCCUCAACGUUAUCCAUAUUCAGAAACUUCUUGCUGGGUGAAAUUUUUUCUCAGAUAAAGCAUGAUAUAUAUGGAUCCUUUGAGGGCCAGUGAUAAGUCUCUGACGAGCUGUGGUCCGUAUGCAAUGAAAGAGGAUGAUGCGAUGGUUUCUAGAAGGCCUUAUCUUACAUCUGGUUCAUCAGGGUUUGCACUAAAUGCAAUUAGUAGGGCCAUGAAAAAAGAGCUUAAGGCAUAUGUGGAAGAUACGAAAGCAACUCUCACGGAUGAAAAUUGGAAAUUUCGAACUACGGUGUGUUGGGGCCACAGGGACCGUUGGCUGAACUAUGAUGAAGUGGAAGAUUUCUGCAAAAAUUCGAACCAUAAACUGAUUGAGCUUCCAAUGGGCAUCAUGUCCAGGAAGAUAGUGGCAAAGAACUUGGUGGGAUCAUUUCGGGACUUAUCAGCUGAAGGAUCAUAACAUGAUAAGUUACAAUUUUUUAGAGCUACCUAUAUACUCCAAACAUCAUUUUUUUAUCAUUCAGGAGAAAUUUUUUUAUUGACUUUCAUGAAUGAACUGUGUUCACAUUCUUGUGACAAGCCAAUUAUGAUUGUAAUGGUUUAAACUUGGGAGGACAAGGCAACUGAAAUUUGAUUUUUGAUUUAUCACAUGUAGUUGAUAUUCAUUUUCCAA